GUUGGCAGUCUUUUCCUCCUUUCCAACAUCUCCUCCUCACCGUGGCCGGGUGCAUUCGCCUCGGAUCGGCCCGAGGCCACUUCCCGACAAUGGAUCCCUUGAGCGCUGGAGCCAGCGUACUUGCCUUUGUUGGCAUUCUCAACUCCCUCCAGCUGGUCUACGAGACAUUGUCAUCCAUCAAGGAUGGCCCCGAAAACGUGCGGCUAGUUGCAAACAGCGUCGGCCAGCUCCGCUCCAUCGUCAAGCAGCUCCAGCGCCAACAAUCCCUCACCGAUCUAGAUGGAGAAGCUCAGCUGAAGCAAUGCGCCGACGACGUUGAUGCUAUCGCGAACAAGUUGGCGAGGCUCCACAUCUCACCGUCGGAGAAACGCGGUGGGAAGAUCUGGAAGCGCAUCAAGGCUGCGCUCAGCGAGAAAGACUUCGACCGCAUGAAUAAGGUCCUCAGCAGCCAUUCAUCUGCUCUCAGUCUGCGACUGAUCGUCCAGCAGAAAGACGUCGUAAUUGAAUGCCGAGACCAGAUUCUCUUGCUCAAAACUGAUGUUGCCAAGCGGCAAGAUAGAGCUGCCUUACAGGAAGAUGGUUCCAGCAGUAGUGGCGGCAACGAAGUCCCACCUGCCCUGCAGUCCCAAAUGGACACAAUGCUGCAGAUCCUCCGCCAACUACAAGCACAGACACCAACCCAACCAACCAACCAACCUGCUGUGGUUGAAAUAUCGGACGAAGACCUUGUGGUAGAAGAGACAACAGAUGGCGGAGAUGUGGAGAGCAAUGUCUGCAACCAGCUGAGUGAAACAAUCAACGAACUGUGCGUGCUUAUCGGCGACAACGAGCGAACCAUCAGGUCCGAUGACGCCGACGACAUUAUGGAAAAGCUGGAGAAACUUCUCAGCUAUGCCAAAUCUGACCAGCUCCAGCCUAUCCGCGGGGUUCUCGACCCAGAAGACUCUGACCGGCGAGGCGAGCUUUCAAGAGACAUUCGACGCGUAUCCCGCCACCUCAUGUCCUCGACCAGAUUAUCCAUCAAUGAAGGAGUCCAAAAGAAGGCGCUUCCUGCCGGUAUCCGCCUUCUUCGGCAACAGCGGCAGCGGAGGGAAUUCGAUAUCGGCGCUGGCCGCUUAGCCAUUUCUACGACAGAAUGGAGACAUCGAUUUCGAGAAGGUACCACGAGAAGCUGCGCUGGUGAUUCUGACGAAACGCAAGAAGCGGAUGCCAGGAACUUCUCAGCGACAUUGACCUUCUUCCCGUCAAAAGGGUCCAUACAGAAGAGAAUGCUGGCAAUGUCUAUUCGUCAGAGCGAGCUAAUGAAGGGAAAUUUGUUGACAAUCCCUAGCAUAUCCGUUAACCGAGUACGACCCAGAGACUCGGAAGUGUUUUCUCUAGUCGAAAUCGGCGAUCUAGAUGGCCUUCGGAGAUCUUUCGCACAAGGGAUGGCAUCUGUCAGAGACCAUGAUGAGCAUGGGAGGUCAUUACUGUCUUAUGCGACGGAGCAACCAGAUAUCUGUAAGUUCUUAAUUGAAUGUGGUCUCGACGUAGACCAUAUUGCGCCGGCGUCGUGGGAUGGGAAAGGAGAAUUGCGUGUUUCUCUACUCAAUGGCCAGUUUUACAGCGACAACGUCAAUAUCAUCCAGUGCCGAAAACUCAUUCUUGGGGCUGGAGCGGAUCCUUCAAUAAAAACCGAAAUAGAUGGCAUUCCUUUCUCUUCUUUCGAAAAUAUCAUAGACUUCGGCUCUCCGGGCUCAAUAAAAGCCUUCUUAGACAUUGGCAGUUACUUUAUCGACAUAGAGACCUGCGAUGUAAUGAGAGAAAGGAGCACGCCCUUGCUUCGGCACUGCAUGGGGCUUGGAGAUGGCUACUCUAGGGAUGUCAUUGCUCUCUUACUACAACGCGGCGCCAAUGUCCAUGCAGUGGAUACGUAUGGCAGAUCAUGCCUUCACCUAGCCAUUAGGGCAACUAAGGGUCCGAAUCGCUUGGAAGAAGAGUUUGCUGCUCUGGCCGUGCUUGUCAGAUCAGGUGCCGAUGUUCGUGCUGAGGACGACUGGGGACGUUCGGUAUCUAAAACAGCAUACCAAGGGCUCUCGGUCGAUUCAGGCAGCUAUCCCGGGGACUUGUGGGACAGUGUGUUGGCUGCCUGCGGUUAUCAAGUCUCCGAAUUCCGCCGGCACUACCCGCGGAGAGCACGAUACACAAGAGACUACCCUCGACGCAUUUUUGAGAAGCUCUGGGAAGGACGGCAACAUUUGUGUCCUUACUGGGACGAGGAUAGAGAGAGCCGUGUCUUCGAAGUCGAGGACGCGGACGAUUAGGUUUAGAGAGGAAAGGCAUUACGGAUUUUGUUUUUGUAUUUGAUAUAGAGGGCUACAGGGCAAACAAGUCUCCCCACGCGUCUUACUUUCUUUCACAGUUGGGCCUGGUCUAGACUGGGAUGUUGAGGAGCAAAAGUCGAGGCUAACAAGCAUCCCGUAACUUCUCUUGGAUAAUCCUUGCUGUCAUUGCCGCCUUUGGGUAAGGACUUUCAAACUGCGUUCAAAUUGUAUAGAACCGGAACUUCCAUCCACUUUUAGGGGC